GGUUGGUGCCCAGCACCCUGCCUCUCGGCGCCGACGCCGCCUCGGUGCGCAGAGGCCAGGGGUGCAGGCUGAGCCCCCCGUGCUGGCGCCAGCCCAGGGCGGGUGGACAGGGGCAUGCCGUGAGCUCUCCCACGAGCGUGGGCCCCUGGGCUCCCGUCCCUGGCUUCCCUGCUCCAGAGCAGGGGUGAAAUGGGAGAGCUGCCCACCCUCCUGCCUCCGGCCCGGGGCACCGCUCGCCCGCCUCGCCCCGCAGCUGGUCCUUCCAGGCCAGACGAGCCUCCUGGGGCCGAGGCGGAGGCGCCCCUCGCUCAUCUCCAGGGGGUCUGAUGCGGGAGGUGUGCACUCCCAGGCAGGUGCAGGGCUCGGGCGUGUGGGGCGGCAGCACCCUGCGUGCGUGCCCCGAAGUUGCAGUUCUCAGCCUGGUUGUUGGUGAGCAGGGGUCUCCCCUCUCGCUGGGCUGAGCUGGCGGGCCGAGAAGUGGACCGGCUGCAGACGGAAGUCCCUUCGGGGCUGGGGGGCAGCACAGCAGCUUGCCCGGCCCCAGCCCGGGCCACGUCUGCUCCGUGAGCAGAGGGGGUUAGCAUCCACCGCUGGCCCUCAGCUGGGAUUUGCAGAAGCUCAUGAAUCCCUCCGGCAUGCCAGGGAGCCCCAGGCUGUGCCUGGGUCAGGGCAAGCCCUGGCUGUGCAGGCUCAGAGGCAGGCUCCAAGUGUCUCUGUUUGUGCUAGGGAUUAUUCAUGCCUCGCCAGCUUCCCUUUCCCCCUCUGGGCCGUGCACGAUGCCCCGGUGCGGUUGGUAGACCACCUUUUUCGCUGGAGAAGGCGAAGCAGCCGCGAGGGGGGAGCACGGCCUGCAGGCAGCCGGUCGUGUCUGGGCUCUGCUGGGCCCAGCCCCCUGGCCGGGCUGCGGCCAGGCUCCCGGGGCCAGGCCGUCUCUUCUGCAUUCGCUCCUAGGUCAGGCGAGGAGCCCCUGCCGCUCCCUGGACACGUCCCCUCCCCCUCUCACACAGGCACUCUUUGUUUUACGGAGGCCUCCUAACAAAGGGAAACGUUCCCUGAUAGGGACCCGGGGCUCAAGGUCUGUGAGAACCGCUCCUCCUGUCUGAGAUGCCCUUUGCAGCCAGGACAGGCUGCAUCAGGGCUAACGGUGCCAUGCCGGGGACGAGCCCAGAGAAGGGUCAAGCUCCCCAGGCUGGACGAGUCUCCGUUCAGUGCUGGGACCCCCACCCUGGCCUCCCCCACAACCACCGCUUUGCUGCACCCCUUCCUCCCAGUGCAGUCCUGCUCUUCCAGCCCGGGCCUCUCCUUCCACGUCCCUGCCCUGGCCUCUCCCAGCUGCCCCAGAAAGCAGCUCUUGCCCCAGGCUGCGCUCCUGGCUAAUGAAGACCAGCUUGGGAUGCAGGUCGUGGGUCCCGUGGGGACACCAUUUGUCCGAGGGCGGUUCACACGGAUUCCCCCUCCUCUGCUUCCAGGGGCAGCCGCAGCCCGCAGGUCGGAGGUGCUGGUGCAGCUCUGGGGUGGCUCUGUACCGUGGGUGGAGCCUGCAGUAUAAUGCUGGAGGUUUUGGGGACACCCGGCGGGCCGUGGAAAUCCUGACCAGAUACCAAAGCACUCUGAAGUCUCCAGAUGAGCAGCAGCUGAAGACCUCCAUCGGGAAGGUCUCGCACAUCUUCCGAAGCGAGCUCUUCCAGGCCCUGUUAGACAUCCAGGAGUUCUACGAGUUCAUGUUGCUGUCGGCACGCGUGCAGCGCGGGGUCCGGGAUCCAGCCCCCAGUCCCUCGAAACAGCAGCAUGGUGAAGAAGAGACGGGUCCAGCCGGUAGCCCGGGAAGUCCCAGGCAUGCUCUAGAGGAGCCGCUCCUGGGCGCGGAGCAGAGACGGUCCAAGGGGGCGCAGGGAGACGGCACGCCAGGGCAGCAGCCGCAGCUGGUGAGAGUGACCGCCAGCAGCACGGAGCUGCCCGUCAGCGUUUCCAGCCUGGUGAUGCAUGCCCACAGCACCCUGCCCCAGGCCAACCCCGCUCCCAUUAUUGUGAACACGGACUCGCUGGAACAAGGGCUCUCGGUGAAUGGCAGCGAUGGGAUGUUUAAGUACGAGGAGAUCGUCCUGGAAAGGGGUAACUCCGGCCUCGGCUUCAGCAUUGCAGGAGGUAUCGACAACCCUCAUAUUCCAGAUGAUCCAGGUAUUUUCAUCACCAAAAUCAUCCCCGGUGGAGCUGCAGCUAUGGACGGCCGUCUAGGGGUGAACGACUGUGUCCUGAGAGUGAACGACGUGGACGUCUCCGAGGUGGUGCACAGCAAAGCAGUGGAGGCGCUGAAGGAGGCCGGCCCCGUGGUCCGGCUCGUGGUGCGGCGGAGGCAGCCCCCGCCAGAGACCAUCAUGGAGGUUAACCUGAUGAAAGGACCCAAAGGACUAGGCUUCAGCAUCGCGGGUGGAAUCGGAAACCAGCACAUCCCAGGAGACAACAGCAUCUACAUCACCAAGAUCAUCGAGGGAGGGGCUGCCCAGAAGGACGGCCGGCUGCAGAUCGGGGACCGGCUGCUCGCGGUGAAUAACACAAACCUACAAGACGUGCGGCAUGAGGAGGCGGUGGCCGCCUUGAAAAACACUUCGGACAUGGUGUACCUGAAAGUGGCCAAGCCUGGCAACGUCCACCUCAACGACAUGUAUGCGCCCCCCGACUACGCCAGCACCUUCUCAGCCCUGGCCGAUAACCACAUAAGCCAUAACUCCAGUCUGGGUUACCUGGGCGGCGUUGAGAACAAGCCUGCCUACCCGGCCCCCCCGCAGGUGACCCCAUCCAGGUACUCGCCCAUCCCUCGACACAUGAUUGGGGAGGAGGACUUCACCAGAGAGCCCCGGAAAAUCAUCCUGCACAAAGGCUCCACGGGACUGGGCUUCAACAUCGUUGGAGGCGAGGAUGGAGAGGGGAUCUUCGUCUCCUUUAUCCUGGCCGGAGGCCCUGCCGACCUCAGUGGGGAGCUGCGGAGAGGAGACCGCAUCCUUUCGGUAAAUGGGGCGAACCUCCGCAAUGCGACUCAUGAGCAGGCGGCCGCAGCCCUGAAGCGGGCAGGACAGACGGUGACCAUCAUCGCCCAGUACAGGCCUGAAGAGUACAGCCGCUUCGAGUCAAAGAUACACGACCUGCGAGAACAAAUGAUGAACAGCAGCAUGAGCUCUGGCUCCGGCUCACUCCGGACCAGCGAGAAGAGAUCCCUCUAUGUCCGAGCGCUGUUUGACUACGACCGGACCCGGGACAGCUGCCUGCCCAGCCAGGGGCUCAGCUUCUCCUACGGGGACAUUCUGCACGUCAUCAACGCCUCUGACGACGAGUGGUGGCAGGCGAGGCUAGUGACGCCGCACGGGGAGAGCGAGCAGAUUGGGGUCAUCCCCAGCAAGAAGAGGGUGGAAAAGAAGGAGAGGGCGCGAUUGAAAACAGUCAAGUUCCACGCUCGGACCGGGAUGAUCGAGUCCAACAGGGACUUCCCUGGGUUAAGUGACGAUUAUUAUGGAGCAAAGAACCUGAAGGGCGUGACAUCCAACACCAGUGACAGCGAGAGCAGCUCCAAAGGACAAGAGGACACGAUUCUGUCGUACGAACCGGUGACGCGGCAAGAAAUUCAUUACGCGCGGCCGGUGAUCAUCCUGGGGCCGACGAAGGACCGGAUCAACGACGACCUCAUCUCCGAGUUCCCGCACAAGUUUGGCUCCUGCGUGCCGCACACCACCAGGCCGCGGCGCGAGAACGAGGUGGACGGGCAGGACUAUCACUUCGUCGCGUCCCGGGAGCAGAUGGAGAAGGACAUUCAGGACAACAAGUUCAUCGAAGCCGGGCAGUUCAACGACAACCUCUACGGGACCAGCAUCCAGUCGGUGCGGGCCGUGGCAGAGAGAGGGAAGCACUGCAUCCUGGAUGUGUCUGGCAACGCCAUCAAGAGGUUGCAGCAAGCACAGCUUUACCCUAUUGCCAUUUUCAUCAAGCCAAAAUCCAUCGAAGCGCUCAUGGAGAUGAACCGGAGGCAGACGUACGAGCAAGCCAACAAGGUCUUCGACAAAGCCAUGAAACUGGAGCAGGAGUUCGGGGAGUAUUUCACAGCCAUCGUACAGGGAGACUCUCUCGAGGAGAUUUACAACAAAAUCAAACAGAUCAUUGAGGACCAGUCCGGGCACUACAUCUGGGUCCCGUCCCCUGAGAAACUCUGAAGACUUCCCCCACCUCCUUUCUUGUGAGCAGAAGAUCUCUGAAAUCCCACCCCCGCCCACGCCCUCUGCCCCACGGGGGGACACGAAUACUCUUCCUGCCCCUUUUUUAGAUCGUCGCAAAAUUGAGUUUUCUAGUCCUGUUUCUUUUUGUUGGGAUGAAGCGAUCUCAUUCAUCACGUGACUGUUCCCACCAUCCCUGCAUGGACCUCCCCACUGCGCCAUUAGAGACGGAUGAGACCCCAUUCAAGAGUGGUUUUUUUUUUAUUCUUAUUACUAUUAUUAUUAAUGAAACCAAGCAGUGAGACGGGCCGAGGAGGCUGAGGACUAAUGUAAAGAACGACCGAAACCGGGCUGCGGCACUGAGAGAGGAGUGGAGCUUCCCGGGCAUUUCUCCAUGUGCGUCUGUCACUGUCGUGCAGCCCUGACCAGCGCAACACAAAGGCAACAGAAAGCAUUUUAUUUAUCUGUAUAUGUAAUUUAUAUAUAAUAUAGAGAGAGAUAUUAUAUAUAUAUUAUAUAUAUCUGUGGACUAGCAAACAGGAGGGACCUCCUAAACGGUACUACUUUAUUGCUAGGAUGCAUCCAGUUGUCCCAGGCACUGCGUAAGGGAGUCCGCUCUGGUCAGGAAGAGAUUGAACCGGGACCAGGUGCUCUGAAUGAUUCUCACGUCGGGUCAGUCUUUCACGAGCCAGUGCCCAGGGCUGGAGGGCAGGGCAGAGACGAGGAUGUGGUGUGCGCAGAGGGGGCCACGGGUCUGGAACCACUCGAGCGGCAGUAGCUGAUCUGAGGCUGGGAGAGGAGACUAAGCAAGAGGCUGCCGAGCGAAAGCGUGGAUGCUAGUACAUAUUAAAUUGCACAUUGUUUUACAGGCCACCUGAUGAUGUGUUUGCAUGAGAGGUUUCCUUUUUGUUCUAUUUUUUUAAGCGGAUGUUAAACCAAAACCAUGUUGUGUUGCUGUGUCGGCUUUUUCAUGACUCUGAGUUUCUCAUGUUAAUAAUGAACUGAACGGGUAUAAAGUCCAUUUUUUAACUUAUUUUUUAAGAUGGCUCCAUUGUAAAUAGAACCUGGGCCCGGGCCGCCGCAGCCCAGGAGCUCUCUGCAGAUCACGUGAGAUGGACUGGCCGGCCGCUCCGUGCCCCUCGGGGAGCGCCUGGCACCUCGGGCAGACCCUGGCCCGGGGGGCAGCAGGCAGGCUGGCCCGCUCUCCUUUGCAGAAGGGCGCUUGAACCCCUGGGACUUAGUGGCAGGCCCUGGCUGCGCCUGGGACAGACGCUCAGCUCCUCAGGUCUGUCCAGGGAUUCAAAGCAGCCUCAAUUCCAGGAGCAACUGAAAACCUCCCUCCCUGCCUGCCUGCCACGGCCUAGAUUCAGGGUUCUUUCCCCUGGUGACCUUCAUAGCACUGCCACCCUCGUGGCAGCGCAGCCAUGUCCCCUCUGCUCCCCUGGGACUCGGGCUGUGGCAGCUAUGCAGGCAUUCACCCCUCAUCCCUCUCAAAGCCUCUGCCUAUGUCCUGGUUCUCCAAGUGGGAUCCUGUCCUCCCUAGCCACGCUUUCUAGAACCAGACGCAGGAGCUGGACUGUGAGCAGGGAAACCGGCACGGCUGCAGGAGUGAAACCUGGCACUGGGAGCAAGGAGCAGGUGCUGCUGAACGUGGCUCCAUCCGAGGAGAAAGCCCACAAAGCCCUUGGGAACCGUCUGGACUGUUCACGUCUCGGCAGCGCAAGGUCCCCUUUGGUAGGGAAACUGUAAAUACUUUUCUCCCAGCCACAGCCACAGGACAAAGGCAGUUGCCCACGACCGCAUUGGCAGGUACGUUCCUCUUCCCCGGGUAGGGGCAGAUGGCGCCAGUUCCUUGCCUAGCCGGUAGGGUUGGCUGGGGUGGCUUACACGUAGCACCGAGAGGAUGCUGUCCACUUGCGCCAGUGCCAGCCGCGUCACUGCCAGGCCACUGCAGGGUGCAGGCACACCGCAGUGAGCGAGAAGCACCUCCUUGUGCAGCAGCUGCCUGCGUCACGAGAGGAGUUUGGAUGGGCUUUAGCCACCAGCUGAGACUGGAAGCACAGCCGUGCAGACCGCACCAGCAGCAUCAGGGCAGCGGAGGCAAAGCAGCGGUGCCUACUGUCAAGCUGGAGUCUCCCUGUGGAGGAAGCCUGGGCAGGGGCCCAGCGGUUGCUCUUCCUGGGGUCUGCGCCAGUGGCCCCACACUGGAUGCCGCCAGCCUCACACCAGAGACAGGGAGGAGGUGAAGCAGCGGCAGCUGACACCCCCACGGCUAGUCUCACAGGUCCAGCUCCUUUUCUUUUUCUGAUAGCCUGUGCCCCUCUCCUCUAGUCCCAUGGAGAGAAGAUCAAUGUGCUCCAUGGCAUAGCUGAAAGUAUCCGAUCAAUCAUGACAACACUAGUUGGUUACCAGUGUUUCUUCCAAGGAGACGUAUAUUUUUAAUAAACAGAGUUACAAAGA